AUGCCUUUCUCUGUUGUCAAGGAGGAGUGGGUACCUUUGUUAUGUGUCACAAUUGACAUUUACAACCAAAGUGAAUACUUGGUAAUCACGAACGCUGACUCCGCUAUUUAUGUUAACAGCACGAAAGACAAAAUUCUCAAGACAGACUACUGGUCAAACCAAACUGAGUCUAGAAAUGGAUCUGUUGUUCCUGUGGGUGACGUUCAUGUCUGUCGAAAAAGCGUCAUAUUGAAGUGUUCUGGUGUCUUAAUUCAGCUCAAGGAAGAGGAAUACGUCAUUUUAGGAAACGGAUCUUUGUACAGAAAUAACUCAAAAGAAGUAUACGGCAUUCAUGAUUUCGUGAUAAUAGACGGAGAGGCUACAAUCUGCAUCAUCCCUUCGUCUGCUGAUAGCAACACUUACACGGCACUUCUGAUUUUAAUUUACGUUGGAAUCAGUCUUUCUAUUGCCUGCCUUUUGCUUGUGCUCUUUACGUAUUCCAUUUUCAGGGAACUGCGUACUUUGCCGGGUAUUAAUUUAAUGAAUUUGUCCAUCUCUUUGCUUUUCGCCCAUUCCUUUUCCAUGAUUGGGGGUGUGAAUCAACAGCGACAGGUUUGUACAUCAAUUGCUGUUCUAACCCAUUAAUUUUACCUUGCAUAUUUUACUUGGAUGUCAAUUAUCGCAUUUGAUACCUACUACACUUUUUCCAGAACCUGUCGCACCCGUCAGAGAACAGCCAAUCGGAAGGGUUGCUUCCUUGCCAUUGGUUGGAUUCCUGCCCUUUUGUUUGUUGCUAUUUGUUACUACCUCGACCAAUCAGGGUUAGUUGCUAUAGGAUACGGUAGCAUGAGUCACUGUUGGAUCAACAAUACCAAGUCUAACAUUUUUGUUUUUGUCAUCCCGGUGGCUCUCUCCAUUUUGUUAAACGCGAUCCUGUUUUCGUUGACGGUUAUUUCCAUUAACAAAAUAAAAAAACAAACUUGGGUAAUCGGAAAUGCUGCAAACAAUCGAAAACAGGUUGUGUUGUUUUUAAAGCUCUCAGUCUUGAUGGGAUUCACGUGGAUUUUUGGAUAUCUAUCGAUUCUUGUUUCUAGUUACUUUGAUUAUCCAUUUGUUGUAUUCAACUCACUUCAAGGAGUUUUUAUUGCUUUUGGGUUUGUGUUCACAGGCAGAGUGUUAACAGCCGACAAAGUAUUAUCAUCAACAGCACAAACUUACGAUACUCAGAUAUAGGAAUCGGGUAA